GGCAAAUCUCUUAACCAUUUAGACAUUUGAACCAUUAAAAAGCUGAAACAAACCGUCUAAACCAAACACAUCUAAACCCGGUUGAACAAACAGCCCCUACAAUAGCUAGCGAGCGAGCAGCGCCCCGUUCUCUCUUAACCGGCGGCCGAAGAGAAGAAGAUGCUGAGCAGCACAACUCAUAAUUUCACUCUCUUGCACCACCACCCGCUCUCCGUCGGCGCCACACUUCUCAAACACUUUUCAUCUCUCAGGCCUUCCAUCCUUCAACUAACCAGAAACUCCAUUGCCACCGCCGCCUCCACCGCAGCACCCGCCCCCACCACUUCCCAGCUCCGACCUCUUACUUCUCACCAGAAGCAACAACUCAACGCCUACGUCGGUUCUCUUCUCCAAUGGAACCAGAAGAUGAAUCUUACGGCGGAGAGAGAGGAAAAGGACAUCAUGGAAAGACACAUCGCGGAUUCCCUCGCGAUGAUCGACCCGAUUCGAGAUUCAUACUUGUCGUCACGCUGUGGCGAUUCUUGCGAGAAUCUUAGGGUUGUGGAUGUGGGGAGUGGAGCGGGGCUCCCUGGACUUGUAUUAGCCAUUGCUUGCCCUGAUUGGAGAGUGACGCUUCUGGAAUCAAUGAAUAAGCGUUGUCAAUUUCUGGAGCAUGUGGCUGAGAAGAAUAGUCUAUCAAAUGUGGAAGUUAUAAGAGAAAGGGCUGAGGUAUUUCUUUGUGAUUCACUGCCAUAGUAUCUCAUCCCUGCAUAUCAUAGGCUCUGUAUAUAUAUGCUGCUUUUGAUGGAUUAAUGCAAGAAACCGCCUAUACUUGUGAUACUUUACUGAUUUGUGGUUACAUUUUGUUUUCCAGUAUACAAGUUUACUGAUUUGAUUCCACCUUUUAUGUGAAAUUUUGUCAUUAUGUUGCAAUCGUUUGUCAUGAAAUCUAGAACAGGAUACAAAACAUUUCUUGAGAAAUUGUUAGUUUCUUGAUUACAUAUUGGGUAAAAGACCAAAUCAACAAAGAGUAAUUGGUGGU